GAGAAAAAAAAGAAGUGUAUCCAACGAAACGAGACGGCUGAACAAUACAGACUACUAUUGAGUGUGCUUAUUAGUGUGAGACAUUGUACCAAUAAGUUUAAAAGAAUGUACACAUCUUUGUAUGGCAAGUGGUUGCAAUCAAUUCACGUCGCCAACACUCAUUUUAAAACCUGCUCUACCAGUCACUCAGUUGCAGUCACCACUAUGUAUAUAUAUACAAUAUACAUACAUAUAUCUAUACUAUAUUGUAUGUUUAUCUUGAAUUCGUGAAUCUUUUAUCCACUUAGCUUUUUGUCUUUCGCACACUCUCGGAGAUCAACGAACGCGCUUUGCGCUCCGACACUAGAUAACAAUUCUCAAAACGAACGUGCUUCAAAUUAUAAACAAUUUAGUGAUUUGAUAAGCGGAAUGAAAAUACGUAUAAUGUUUAAAAAAAAUCAAAGCCAAGUUUGUGGUUGAUCAGUUUUUUUUCCAAAAAAAAAAGGAUCUCUUUCAAGGAUAACAUAUCCUUGGACAGGAUGUAUCGUUUUUCGAAAAAUAAGUUAACUAAAUGGAGUGAUCAAAUAGAUAAAAAAUUUCUUCUCAAUAAAAAGAAGAAAUCAACAUCUGAAAAUAUUCCAUCAACUGUGAAUUUACCAGAGUCAGCUGACGUUGUAAUUAUAGGUGGAGGUAGUGCCGGAUGUAAUGCUCUCUAUAAUUUAGCAAAAAAUGGAAAAAAUGCAAUUCUUCUUGAAAAAUCAAAAUUAACAUCUGGUACAACAUGGCAUACAGCUGGUAUGGUUUGGAGUUUACGACCAAACGAUGUUGAAGUGGAAUUACUUCGAAAUUCAAGAAAAGUAUAUGAGAAUUUAGAACGAGAAACUGGAAUUAAUCCAGGAUGGAUAAAUAAUGGUGGAAUUUUUAUAGCCUAUGAUAAGGUGCGUAUGGAUGAAUAUAAAAGAUUAUAUACAAUUGGAAAAUCAUUUGGAAUCGAAUCAUCUUUAAUAUCGCCUAAGGAAGCAAAAAAUUUAUUUCCUCCUAUCGAUGAAAAUGCAUUUUAUGGUGCACUUUAUUCGCCAAAUGAUGGUAUAAUUGAUCCUGCAAUGAUGGUUAAUUCAUUGAUACAAUCAGCAAAAUCUAAUGGAGCAAAGAUAUUUGAAGAUUGUCCAGUAACGAAAAUUCUCAUCGAUAAACCCGAAUAUGGUUCACAAAAAGUAACUGGCGUUGAAACACCAUAUGGAAUAAUAAAAACAAAUUGUAUUUUAAAUGCAUGUGGUGCAUGGUCGAGAAAUAUUGCAAAAAUGAUUGGCGUUGAAAUUCCCUUAAUUCCAAUGAAACAUGCAUAUAUUGUUACUGAACCAAUGAAAAAUGUGAAAGAUUUGCCAAAUAUUCGCGAUCAUGAUGGAAAAAUUUAUAUUAAACCACAAGGUGAAUCAUUGUCUAUAGGAGGAUAUGAACCAAAUCCAAUAAUCUUACAAUCUGUUGCCAAAGAUUUUUCAUUUAGCCUAUACGAAUUAGAUUGGAAUGUAUUUAAUUCACAUAUUGAAGCAAUGGUGAAAUUAAUUCCCAAAUUAUCAACAACUGGAAUAAGAACAACUGUUUGUGGUCCCGAAAGUUUUACACCAGAUCAUAAACCAAUUAUGGGAGAAGAUCCAAGAUGUGAGGGAUUUUUCUAUUCAUGUGGAUAUAAUAGUGCGGGAAUGAUGUUUGGAGCUGGAUGUGGAGAACAAAUAUCAAAAUGGAUAAUAAAUGGAAGACCUGAGAAAUAUAUGUUUAAAUACGAUAUUCGUAGAUUCACUCCAGAACAAAUGAAAGAUGCAAUAUGGGCAAAUGAAAGAUCUCAUGAGGCAUAUGUGAAAAAUUACAGUACUGUUUUCCCUCACGAUCAACCAUUAAGUGGAAGAAAUUUCAAAACUGGUCCUUUUCAUAAGUUACUCAUAAAUGAGGGUGCAAUAAUGGAAGAAAGUCAAGGUUGGGAAAAGCCGGGAUUCUUUUUAAAAAAUGAAAAUAUCACAAUAGAAUCAUAUGAUUAUUGUGGAAGUUAUGGAUCACCGAAAAAUGAAAAUAAUAAAUAUCUUUCAAUAUUGGAAGGCGAUUAUCAAUUUACUUUUUCCAAGUACCAUGAUAUUAUAAAAGAAGAGGCACACGCUUGUAGAAAUAAUGCAGCAUUAUUUGAUUUAUCAUAUUUUGGCAAAUUUUACCUUUGUGGUCCUGAUGUUCAAAAAGUUGCCGAUUAUCUCUUUAUAAGUGAUACAAAUGUGAAAAACAAUGAAAUUGUUGACACAUGCAUGUUAAAUGAUGACGGUGGUGUUGAGGCAAAUUGUACCGUCACUUCUAUUUCCGCUGGAUCAGCUGGUGUUAUAGAUCCAAUUUUUCAAGGAAAGGCACUUUACAUUGUGACUAGUGGAAUGUCUGCUUAUCAUACAUGGGCCCAUAUGCGUGAAAUAAUAAAGAGAAAAGAAUUUCACGUUAGUCUACAUACAGCAACUGAUCAAAUUGGAAUUUUAAGUAUUGAAGGUCCAAAAAGUCAAAAGAUUCUGCAAAAAAUUGUCGACACCGAUAUUGGAGAUGAAGAAUUGCCAUUUUCACAUUCAAUGUUAUUGAAAAUUAAUGGAAAAUUAACGAGAAUAUUACGUUUUACGGAAGUUGGUGAACUUGGUUAUCAAAUUCAUAUUCCUUUAGAAUCAUGUGAAACUGUUUAUAAUGCAUUGAAAAAAAUUGAUGAAUCUUCAUUAAAACUCGCUGGAUUUAGAGCACUUUAUAGUUUGCGUAGAGAAAAAGGAUAUCCACUAUGGGGUUACGAUUUAAGAUCAGAUGAUAAUCCAAUUGAAGCUGGACUCUCUUUUAUGUGUCGAAAUGAUAAAGAAUAUUUGGGAAGAGAAAUUGUUCAAAAACUCAAGGAGAAUGGAGUAAAAAAACGUCUUGCACAUUUUAUACUCAAAGAUCAAAUACCAGUUUGGGGAUUGGAAACAAUAUAUAGAAAUGGAAUUGUUGUUGGAUAUUUAAGACAAGGAGAUUAUGCUUAUACAUUAGAUAAAAGCAUUGGUCAGGGGUAUGUCACUAAUCCAAAAGGGGAUUUUGUAACAAAUAAAUUUUUAGAAUCAGGAGAAUAUGAAAUUGAAAUAAUGGGCAAAAAAUAUCCAGCACAAUUAUAUUUAGAGAGUCCAUUUGAUCCUAAUAAUGAUAGAAUGAAGAUUCAGUAUAAAAAUCAAAAUAUGUAAAUAUUUUAUAAUUCGAAAAAAAAAAUAUUUUAUAAUUUGAAGAUAAAAAAGAAAUUGUAUAAUGGAAAAAAAAGUCUACUUUUAAUAAAUAAAUAUUUCUCUUACCAAAGUUAA